AUGCAUGGUUUGGGCGAUACUGCACAAGGUUGGCUGGAUGUGGCCCGGGCCCUUGGACGCAACCAGGCUCUGCAGCAUAUCCGGUUCGUGCUACCGACAGCUCCAGUCCAGCCCGUCACUAUCAAUAUGGGCAUGUCCAUGACAUCUUGGUUCGAUCUCUAUUCACUCACAGAUUUAGACCAAGGUGAAGAUGAAUCGGGUAUGAGAAAAAGCGCUGCAGCCAUCUGGGACUUGGUUGCUCAGGAGACGAAUGGUAGUGCACCUGGUCUCAAUGGGCAUAAGGUGCCGAUGAAUCGUAUCGUGCUGGCUGGAUUCAGUCAAGGCGGCGUUAUGGCUCAGCUGAUGGGCUUAACGGCGCAAGAGCGCCCCGCAGGCAUUGCCGCGUUGUCGACAUGGCUUCCAUUGCACCAAAAAAUGGCUUCAAUGCACAGUAAGCACACAUUUCCUUUCUUCCAGGCACAGGGCACGGUGGAUCCGCUUGUGGACUACAAGUAUGCACGCCGCUCGUUUGAUUAUGUGCAAUCAUCCCUGGGCUUCGGAAAACUGGCUGAGGGGCACGAAUAUCGUAUGCCACACUCGGCGUGUCCUGCCGAAAUUACCGAUUUGGGCAGUUGGCUUGAACGAGUCGUGCCUGUCUGA